GGAUGAAGGGAGGGAGGGAGUCAAAGAGGGGGGAGGAGGGGUGGGAGUGGCGCUGUCCGGAACCCAUCGACGUUCGCUCUCCGAUCGCUCGGAGCUUCGAGGGAGCGAGCUUCCAGGGGGUUUUAUAGGGGACUAGUCGUGUUCUCCGGGGAUCGAUCGCGCUGAGUUCGGGGCUUCGAGCUCUACUUUACUCCUGGAUUCUCCUUCGGCUAUGCUCUCGGGUGGGGUCGUUGGGCUUUUGCUUCGACCGUAAGGAUUGGAGGGUUGGUUGGUGGUUUGGAUUGUUUUGGGUGGUUGAAUUCUUGGGCUCUUUCUUCGUUCUAGAAAGAUUUUAGGUCAGAUUGGAUUGGGUUAGAUUUAGGUUUUGUUUUGAGCUUUGUGUGGUUGGUUUGGGAUCUGGGUUUGGAUUUUACCGGUUUUAAGGCUUUGUUAGUCUAUUUGUGAGUGGUGGUGGAGGUAAGAGGACGAUGGUGGUGGAUGGGGAGUAGAAGAGGUGGUGCUGGUGUGGAAGAUGUUAAGGAGGCAGCGCCAGGGAUGCCGAGCUUCGUUUCAUCGCUGCCUGGUGCUCAUCAGAU